GCAGGGGCAUCGAAGCGCGCUUUCCAAUUUUCAAAUCCACAAAACGGCCAUUUUCACUCUCUUCUUCAAAUCUCUCUGCCACCAUCUUCAUACCUCCAUAGCCAGUCACACCGCAAAUCUCCAGCACAAUGGCCACUCUUACACCAGGAAUCCUCUUGAAGCUCCUCCAGUCGAUGAACACGAACGCCAGAGUCACCGGCGACCACCGCUCUCCGCUCCUCCAGGUGAUUGGAAUCGUGCCGGCGCUUUCCACGUCCGAUUCCUUGUGGGCACAUCACGGGUUCUAUGUUCAACUCUCCGACUCUCUGAAUUCCACCUACGUCUCCCUCUCCGACCGAGACACGGAUCUCAUUCUCACCAACCGUCUUCAGCUAGGUCAGUUUGUCCAUGUCGAACGCUUCGUCUUUGACUCCCCACCCGUCCCACGCGCAGUCAAUAUCCGCCCGAUAGCGGGUAGGCGCAGCUCUGUUGGGUCCCCUGAGCCUCUAAUCGCUCGGAUCUCUCCUAAGAACGGAGGGUUUGUUAUCCAGCCAGUCACGGAUUCGGACCCCAUUGCUGCAUAUUUGCCGAGAAGUGGAAGAAGUGAGAAUGAAAUUAAGGGGGCCGGUAAAGAUGAGGACAAAAUUGGUAACAGAAAAGUUUUUUCUGCAAAGGAGAACGUUGGUUUGGAAGACCCUUCAAAUAAAACUGUGCCUGAGAAGUCUACACCCGCGCCGGCUGCUCCUCAAAGGUUUUCGUCCCCAGGAUCUGCGAGGCAGAGGUCAAUAUCCUCAAGUAAGAAAAGCGUUGCUGCGGAGAGAGAUCCAUCGCCUGCUGGAAAAGUGAAGAGGUCAGCAUCACCCGUGCCAUCCAAGUGUGUCGUGCCUAGCCUUGUGUCAGCCAAGGAGGAGAAUCGCCGGACGUCAAGAGAGGCAGCCAUCAUAGUGCCAUCAAGAUACAGGCAGCCUUCGCCGACAUCCGGUAGGAGGCAAGCGAGUCCGGUGGUCUCAAGAAGGAUGUCUCUUUCGCCUGCACGGAGGUUGUCCGGUGUGAAGGAUUCUUCAGGAAAAAAGAAGAUAACAGCUAUUGCUGCCGGAAUUUCCAAGGUCUCCGAGGCAAUUGUGGGGUCUAGUAAAUCUAGUAGAAAGAGUUGGGAUGAAGGUCCAGCUGUCUCAGCUGGGCUGUCGGACUUCAAAGCCACCCGGAAUAAGCCCGAUUUGCAGGCAAUUCUCAGAACUCAGGCUGCCAUUUCUAGGCGUUUGAGUGAUGCAAGUAUAUCUCAAGAUGAUGGUGCAAGUGAUGAAAAGGUGAAAUGUGCAGAACGAUCUGUAGAAUCAGAGAAGCUGAACGUGGCUCCAGUCAUACGAAUUCAUGAGAAGAAAUGGACAGAUGGCAGUGUUCCGCUAGACUCGCUCACUCCUGACCUUGCAAUACUUGGAAAGGAAGCUAGGCAAAGAAGAGUUGUUGCCUCAAAGGCUGCCGCAGAUGCUUUAGAAGAGGCCCUUGCCACUGAAUCCAUUGUUAGAGGCUUGAGCAUGUUUUCUGAAAUCUGUUCAAGUUCAAAGAAGGCUGAGAACCCGUUGCCUACAAUAGACCGCUUUUUGUCGGUCUAUGAAGAUGUGGUGAAAUCAACAUCAGUUGUUGAAUCAGUCACCAUUACCCACUCUUCACCAGAACUUCAAGAAAAUUUCUCAACUGAUCAGUCCAACAAACCAUCUUCUCUUUGGGUUGAGGCUGCUUUGGCAACUGAUCUUGAAGUCGUCU